GGCCCUCCUACACCACUACAGUGUCUGAGAAGUCGCCGGUAACCAGAUCCCCAGCGGGUGGGGCAGCGGGGCGCGUCACUAUCACUGGAGAUGCUGCUCCGGCCCUCAGUCCAGAUUCCGCCGUAGGCAUCCUCAGUGCAGGGAUGGCGCAGAAGCUGGGCGAGUGGGCCAAGGCGCCCGCCGAGGCCACCGGGCUGUACCGGGCAGUGCUGCUCAGGUCAGCCUCAAUGUACUCGGAGAUCCAGAGGGAGCGGGCGGACAUUGCAGGACUCAUGGCCCGGCCAGAGUACAGAGAGUGGAAUCCAGAGCUCAUCAAACCCAAGAAGCUGCUGAACCCCGUGAAGGCCUCCCGAAGCCACCAGGAGCUGCACCGGGAGCUGCUCAUGAACCACAGAAGGGGCCUGGGCGUGGACAGCAAGCCUGAGCUUCAGCGGGUCCUGGAGCACCGGCGCCGGAACCAGCUGAUUAAAAAGAAGGAGGAGGAGCUGGAGGCCAAGCGGCUCCAGUGCCCCUUCAAGCAGGAGCUGCUGAGGCGGCAGCAGAGACUGAACCAGCUGGAAAACCCACCUCAGAGAGAACAGGACCACGCCCCUGAGUUCAUCAAAGUUCGAGAGAACCUUCGCAGAAUUACCACGCUGACUAGUGAAGAGAGAGCACUGUAGAGUCUCUUACGCCAUCCCACCCCCUGCUCCUGACACUCACUCUGGCCCAGACCUCCUCCAGCCCCAAUGAACCUGAGGGCCCUUGCCCACAGUAAUGCCAACAAGGCAGACCUGACAGGCUGGGUAUCCCUGGGAAGCUGAGGACCCCCGCACCCCACAGGCAAGUCUAUGGACUUUUUCUUCUGAGCUCUUAGCCUUCCAACCACUGCCAGGAAAGACCUCCCAAGGCGCCUGCCCCACCCCCACCCCCCCCAUCUGACUCACUGACAAGGUUUCCCUAGCCGGAGUGAUGAGGAGGACCAGGUGUCCCUCCAUUCUGCCUCAGCUUCCCAACAAGGCCCUGCUUCUUAGAGUAGCCCAGCUCCUAGUGCUAGGAACAGCUCAGCUCUGGCUUUACCUGAGGCCAAGGAUGGCUGUUCGGGAAAUCACAGAGCAACGAAGGCACCAACUAUCUGUAGCAAGGAAGGGCAUGGGAGGCCACAGCUGGCUGUGGCCAGGUGGGAAGGGUCCCAAACAAGGCAGCUUCAGGCCUUGCCAGCUUGCCUCAUACUUUGAGGUUUCUUUCUCCUUUGUACUGUCCUCCCUAGAUCGCCAACCACACCUCACCUCAGUGCUCUGUAUUCCAAUUUAGAUAAGCACAUUGCCAAAUUUACUGUACGUACAAAUCAGAGAGUCCUGUGAACAGAGCCUGGAAGCUGCGUGUCUAACACUCCCUGCUGGGAACAGCACUGCUAGAGAAGCACAGAUUUUCACUCCCCAAUCCCAGAUUUCCCUGCUGGGGUGCCACUUGCUGUGGCUCUAGGAAAUGAUGGUGGCAGUGGCAGCAGGGCCUGCCAGUGAAUGGAGAUUCUGUCUCUUUCUUAUGGGUGGUGCCAGCAGAGAGGUGUAAAUAGACAUUCUCUCAGUGUGUGUGUGCAUGUGCGCUAGUGUGGGAGGGUGGGUUUUCCAGCUUGAAAGGUCUAAAUCACUGGUUCUCAACCUUCCCAAUGCUGCGACCCUUUAAUAUAGCUCAUGUUGUGGUGACCCCCAACCAUGAACUAUUUUCAUUGCUUCUUCAUAACUGUAAUUUCACUACCAUUAUGAAUCUGUAAUGUAAAUAUAUGUUAUGCAGGACAUCUGAUAUGCGACCACUGUGAAAGAGUCAUGACCCACAGGUUGAGAACUGGUGGUUUAAAUUCAGUGCCGUGGUCUUAGGUAUCUGCUGGUGAGGUGUUAUGCCGAAGAUGUGUUUCCGAAAUAAAGACAGGGUUGGGGGCUGUGACCCUACAGGUACAUGUUCUGCUCUGACAUGUGAAGAGGGGCAGGACAGGGCAUCUAGGAUAGAGCAGGACCACCCAAGGGUCUUAGCAGUUGCCAGAGGAAAUGGCAAGUCGUUGAGAUGACACCCCAAAAGCACAGGGGAUCUCAAGGCAGGUCAUCCGGGGGAACCGUGGCAGAUACGUUGGGCUCUGUGAAUCUGUUCAUUCCAAUUCCAUCCCUCUCACCUCCUUCCUCUAGAAACUAUAGACAUAGAUUCUCACUCCCCCAGCCUCCUCUACAGGUUUGGGUGACCAUGUAACCAGUUAUGGCCAAUGAAAUUGAAAUGGAAGUCUACAGGAGUUACUGGAAAAGCUCAUGCCUUUUCUAAGAGCCUCCCACGGCCUCUCCCUUCUUCCUGCUUGAUUGAGGAUGUGAUGCCUGGACCGUCAGACUCCAAGUUUCACCUGAGGAAAAGGUCAAAAGAUCCAUAAAUUCUGUGAUCAUUUGACCAAGCAAGUGCCAACAGAUCUCUGUCUCCGAAAUCCUUGUAAAUAAAAAUAAAUUCCUGUUUGUUAAAGCCA